AUGAUCUCGCAAGCUCGUAAGGCCGCCGGUUCCACAGCCCUCACGGGCGGCUGCCACGGCAGCGCGCGCAGGGUCAAGUUCAAGAGGUGUGAAUUCCCUGCGUCGGGCCUUGGCGCGCGCCCUCUCGGGGCAGCGCUCGGCAGGCAGGGAGGGUUUUCACACUUCUCCGGACAGCGGGUCUGCGUCCCUGGUCAGGGCUGCCCUGCAGUGGUGAACAAAGGUGUUCCUAGGGUCGUCGUUGCUGGGAAGAAGGCGGUCGAGAGUGUGAAAAAGGUUGAGACUGUGAAGAAGGCGAGCAAGGCGCCGAAGGGCAAGUCUGGGAAGGGGGUUGCGAGCAAGCAGUCAGCAAAAGAAACUGCCAAGAGCACGUGGGAAAGCCUGUUACCCUUUCAGAUCAUCUCCUCCCAUCCGGAAGUCGCCUUCCUCCCGGGUACCAUGACGGGAUUCGAAGAGCUCCUCAAGGAGGCGCCACUGCCUCUCUUCCAGGGGGGCAAGCUCACCUGCAAAACCUCCCCCGCGGCGCCCCCCUGGCAGGCAGGCCUGGAGGAUCCACGUGUCUCCACGGUAGUGGCCGCGUUUGGCGCGAGGUCCGUGGGCGAGGGGAGUGAAAACGACAUCGCUGCUUUCAUGCGGAAGGUAGUGGCGGUGCGCACCGAGGAGGAUCCGUUCUACGUCUUUGACAUGGGUCUCGUGGUGCGGUUGUUCAAGGCGUGGAAGGAGGCGAUGCCGAGGGUGGAUCCCUUCUACGCGGUCAAGUGCAACCCGGAUCCGGGUUUGCUUUCAGUCUUGGCAGCACUUGGUGCAGGAUUCGACGUCGCCAGCAAGGCCGAGAUCGAGAUGCUGCGCCAGGUGGGCGUCCCGACCAGCUCCCUCCUCUUCGCCAACCCGUGCAAGAUGCCCGGGCACAUCCGGCACGCGGCCGAGACCGGGGUUAACCUAACCACCUUCGACAGCGAGGGCGAGCUCCACAAAUUGAAGGAGUUGCACCCGCAAACCCGGGUUUUGUUACGGAUCCGCGCGGACGACCCCGAGGCGCAGUGCCCGCUUGGCGUCAAGUACGGCGCGCUCGUCGAGGACGUGCCGCAGCUGCUGACGACUGCGCGCGCGCUGGGGAUCCAUGUGGCCGGCAUCUCGUUCCACGUGGGCAGCGGCGCUGGGGGCGCUCGCGCGCACGCCGACGCGAUCUGCGCCGCGCGCCGCAUCUUCGACCUGUCCCAAACCCUGGGCCUGCCGCCCAUGACCAUCCUCGACAUCGGCGGCGGCUUCUCCGUGCGCGGCCGCCUCCCCUUCGCCCGCGCCGCGGCCGCGAUCAACGCCGCUCUCGACGCGCACUUCCCGCCCGGCUGCGGGGUGUCCAUCAUCGCGGAACCCGGGCGCUACUUCGCGGAAGCGCCGGGCAGCCUGGCCACGUGCGUCUUCGGGCACCGCGGCCGCGAGGGCGCCGAGGGGACGCAGGAGUACUGGACGAACGACGGCAUGUACGGCAGCAUGAACUGCGUCCUGUACGACCACGCCACGCUGGACGUCCGGCCGCUGCGGGACGCGGAGCCCGGGGAGCGGACGUACGGGUCCACCGUUUUUGGUCCCACUUGCGACGGUCUCGACACGAUUCUCCGCGACUACCCGCUGCCCCGGCUGCAGGUCGGGGACUGGCUCGUCUGGUCAAACAUGGGGGCCUACACGCAGACAGCCGGCUCUGCGUUCAACGGCUUCAACACGGCAGCCAUCCCGACCCUGUACGUGUACUCCACCGGCGACCGGCUGCCCUUCACCGAAGCCCUUCCAGUCGCCGAAACGACUUUCCACCGGGUGUCCAACGCCAGCUCAGAGGGCGACCUGCUCUCGCCAACUAGCGACGUAAUGUCGCCGCGUGGGAGCGACGAUGGGCUGUUCGUGAUGGAAGAUGCGGGCGGCUACCUCGGAAGUUCGAUCGACAGCGAUAAGGCGUUUCUCAGAUGA